AUUACAAAAUUACAUGGACUACCGAAUCUAAUGAAGAACCUCAGAAUAGUGGUAUCAAAUUUCAGCAAGCUCCAUUAAAAAUUCCAGAACUUUAUAUUGGCGUUCGUUUAGUUGUUUAUUGUAUAUUAGCAAAAGAUGUUAAGCCAUGUGAAACAAUUACAUUAGAAUCAAAAUCCCAAGGUCCUUUACCUAAUUUGGAGCAAAUUAAACCAAUUUCUUUGUAUGGAUCAAAAUUUCACACUCUUGCAGCUAAAAAACUUAUUCAAGAAUUCGAAUAUGGAAAUUAUUAUCCUAAUCAUGCAAAUAAUAAAGAUUAUGUUCGUGAACAAAUUGUACGCUUAGCAACAUCGUAUAACCUGAGCUCAAAGUACACUAGUUUUAUUGCAAGUGAGAUACAAGGUAUUGAUAAUCAUGAAAAAAAGAAACAAGAAAUUUUUAAAAAAAUGGCUAUAGAGAAAUAUAAAAAAAUUGUUUCACAAGGUGUUUUAGGAUUUAAAAAUGAACCUGAAAAAAAG